AUGAAGAAGAAGAGGAUGACUAACCAAGAAGUAGAUGAUGACAACAAAGAAGUAGAGUAUGACAACAAAGAAGUAGAUGAUGACAAUAAAGAAGUAGGCGAUGACGAAGUAGACGAUGAAGACGACGAAAAUGACAAAAUAAGACAAGACGAAGGUGAAGAUAAUGAAGAUGAUGACAAAGAUGAUGAAAAAGAUGAAAAACAUGAAGAAGAAGAGGAUAAUAACCAAGAAGUAGAUGAUGACAACAAAGAAGUAUACGACGACGAAGAGACAAAGAAGACGACGAAACUGACAAAAAAAGCCAGGAGACUCUCUGCUCGACUGCGGGAUCGACUGCGGGGCGGACUCUCCCAGGCGCGCCCCGAGCACUUUCCUCGGAGGAGCCUCCGCUACCAGCCGCUCACCGUGGGAGCAGACAAGGACUUCCUGAAGCCGCGGACUAAACGGAGAGAAGGAAAAUGGGAUGAGGUAUCAUACGCGGAUAUGUUUUUCACUUUGCGAAACCACCCAGAGUGGCAAAGGGACUGUGGGUUAGUACCCCCACAGGACCCUAUGGUGCUUGCACUUGAACGAGAAAGUAAGGAAAGUAGGGCUCUCCUGGGGGGGGACUUGCUGGAACAACUGGAAGCAAAAAUUAUCUUUGAAAAAGGGGAAGUCACCUUGGAGGUAAAAGAUCAGCAAUACAUUCAAGUGCUAAGUCUAACUCUAACUAGUUUUUCGUCAGGAGGAGAAAUUAGUGAGAAAAUUUUAGACCAAGUAUAUCCGGGAGUUUGGGCUACCGAUGUACCUGGAAGGCCGAAAAACGCUCUACCAAUUAAGGUUAGGAUCAAGGAAGGUCAACGACCGGUGAGAAUUAAACAGUAUCCUUUAAAAAGGGAGGAUAGGGAAGGAAUCCGACCAGUAAUAGAAAAAUUUUUGCAAUUAGGGUUACUAGAAGAGUGUGAGUCUGAGUUCAAUACCCCUAUACUGCCCGUUCGGAAACCUGAUGGGUCGUAUAGGGUGGUUCAGGACUUACGGGCUGUGAAUAGAAUAGUUGAAGAUCUCCACCCAGUGGUAGCAAACCCAUAUACCCUGUUAACUGUAUUAACACCAGAGUUGAUUUGGUUUACUGUCUUAGAUUUGAAGGACGCCUUCUUUUGCCUUCCUCUCCAUAAAGCCAGCCAAAAGUUGUUUGCAUUUGAAUGGGAAAAUCCUAAAACUGGUCGAAAGACCCAGCUCACCUGGACGGUGUUGCCACAAGGGUUCAAGAAUAGCCCUACUCUUUUUGGCAACCAGCUCGCAAAGGACUUGGAAUCCUGGGAAGCCCCAUCCGAAAAAGGAAAACUAUUGCAGUACGUGGACGACAUUUUGAUCGCUGCCGAGACAGAAGAGGAUUGUACAACGUGGACGGUGAGCUUGUUAAAUUUUUUGGGACUACAGGGGUAUCGGGUCUCUAAGAAGAAAGCCCAGGUGAUACAACGCAAAGUAAACUACCUGGGCUAUGAGAUCACUGCGGGGCAAAGAACUCUGGGACAGUCCCGUAAGGCCAUAUGUCAAACCCCAAAACCCCAGACAGUAAAAGAAUUAAGGACCUUCUUGGGAAUGACGGGGUGGUGCAGGCUAUGGAUUUAUAAUUAUGGACUGCUUGUUAAGCCCCUGUAUGCACUAACGAACACCGAACAGACGCACCUCGAAUGGGAUGAGGAGGCUGAGUGAGCCUUUGAUUCACUGAAGAAGGCUUUGAUGUCGGCCCCGGCUCUAGGACUCCCAGAUGUGAGUAAACCGUUUCUUCUCUUUUCUUAUGAGAAUCAGGGCAUUGCCCUGGGAAUUCUGGCACAAGACCUAGGUCCAUACCGACGAGCUGUCGCCUACCUCUCUAAACAACUAGAUGCGACUGCAAAAGGGUGGCCUGGGUGUCUGCGAGCGGUGGCUGCCCUGAUACUGAACAUACAGGAAGCUCGGAAGUUCACUCUGGGCCAGAAAAUGACUGCCUAUGUGUCCCAUACAGUAUCGGCAGUCCUGGAAGCAAAGGGAGGGCAUUGGCUCUCCCCACAAAGAUUUCUGAGAUGCCAAGCUGCACUAGUAGAACAAGAUGAUGUACAGAUAAUAGUCACUAAUAUUGUCAACCCAGCUUCUUUCCUCAGCGGUAACGUGGGGGAACCAGUGCACCAUGACUGCUUGGAAACAAUUGAGGCGACAUACUCAAGUCACCCUGACCUGAAGGAAAGCCCCAUGAAGGAUGAGGAGAACUGGUUCACGGACGGAAGCAGUUACGUCCUGAACGGUAAUCGACACGCGGGGUAUGCCGUUACCACCAGUCAAAAGGUAAUAGAAUCAGGACCUCUGCCUGCAAAUACGUCUGCACAAAAGGCAGAAAUAAUUGCUUUAACCCGAGCCCUGGAACUAGCUAAGGGUAAGAUCAUAAACAUAUACACGGACUCCAAGUACGCUUUCGGAAUUGUGCAUGCACAUGGAGCAAUCUGGAAAGAAAGGGGACUAUUGAACUCCCAAGGGAAAAACAUUAAACAUGCGAAAGAAAUUUUGAAGCUAUUGGAAGCUGUUCAACUUCCUGAGAAGGUGGCGAUUAUGCAUAUUAAAGCACACCAAAAGGUGAACUCUGAAUUGGAAAAAGGGAACGAGCUGGCGGAUAGGGAGGCAAAACGGGCUGCCAAAAUAGAGAUAAAGACGGAAGGAGCACUUAUUCCCGAUAGGCAAAUUUCCCUGGAAGGUAAACCAGAAUAUACCAAGGAGGAUCAGAAACUUACUGCAGAUUUGGAGGGGACAUAUAACGAAGAAGGGUACUGCUACCCUUAG